AUGACAUUCUUCGCUGAACCUAUUGAAUCUGCAAAGAUGACAUCCUCCGCUAAAUCUCCAACUGUGGAUGAUAUCUCCACAAGUGUUUCUGGUCGACGGAGUGAUGAAGAAUUUGAGUUUGUUGACAACUUUAAAAUCCCAAAAGAGUAUGCAGCUUUAUAUAAGAAGAUCUUUCAUAAGUAUGGGCAUAUGGGGACAAGGAAAGUCAUCAAGUCAAAUUAUACUGUGUUAGUGGCAUUUGUUACUAGCUUGUUGAAGAUUAUCUCUACAAUGGAAGCUGCGCGAGGUGCAGAUUUAAGUGAAGCGCUGCUGGAAACAUGGGAAGGAGACAUCGAAGAUGCUGAGAAUCUGGGAUUCAAUAUUGAAUGGCUUCGAAAGAAGUUUGAUGAAGUUAAGAACAUUUGGAAGUCUUCUUCAGGAAUACGUAAAGACAUUGAAAUCUAUGAAAAAGAAUUGGACGCAACGCAGGUAAAAUAUGUAGAUCUUUUGGCAAGAAAAGAAGAACUUCUUCGAGAAACUUCAAAGGUCAUUAUUGAGAUAAGGAAAGCUGAAGCAAAGAUUUCAUCCAUUCAAGAAAAGUUGGCUCCAGAAAACAAUUUCUUGAAUGAACCUAUUUUAGGGAAGCUGCUCAGUUGA